AAUCCAUUUGAAUUGAAUAAAACGAGUACAAUCUUUUAUAAAAUCCAAACGAAAAAAUAUUUACAUUGAAAAUUUCUAGUUUAAUCGAUAACCAAAAUCUAUUUAUCCGUUUCUUUUUUUUUCAAUUCAAAAUUCUAUAAGUUAAUGUUUUUCAUAACAACCGUUACGAUAUUCUUUAUUUCAUCAUUGGUGACAUAUGUUCUUGUAAAAUUGUCACUUGAAGGUAGACGGAUAUUUUGUCAACAAAUUAAUGAUUUAUUCGAUUUAUUAACCGAUCAAAAUAAAAUGAUUCGUUGGUUUAAUAGUAAUAUUAAUAUUUUCUAUCAUCAUUUUUGCAAGAAAAUCGAUCCCAAUAGUACCCGGCAUGGUGGUGAAUUGGUUGCAUCUGUACUACGUUCACAUGGUGUACAACGUGUUUUUACAUUAUCUGGUGGUCAUGUAUCGCCCAUUUUGACAGCAUCCGAAAAAUCUGGUAUAAAAGUAAUUGAUGUUCGUCAUGAAGUGAAUGCAGUUUUUGCUGCCGAUGCUACCGCUCGUAUAUCUGGUAUUCCAGGUGUUGCUGUUGUUACUGCUGGUCCCGGUGUAACAAACACUGUAACUGCUAUUAAAAAUGCACAAAUGGCUGAAUCUCCUGUCAUUUUACUUGGCGGUGCUGCCGCAUCAUUGCUUAAAAAUCGUGGUGCAUUACAAGAUAUUGAUCAAUUAUCAUUAUUCAAACCGAUAACCAAGAAAGCUUUUAGUGUGACCAAAGUUCGUGAUAUUGUUCCAUGUUUGAAAGAAGCAUUUAAAAUUGCCCAAAGUGGAACACCGGGUCCAGUUUUUGUAGAAUUACCUAUCGAUGUUCUAUAUCCUUAUAGUAUUGUUAGUAAGGAAUUCGUUGCCGCAUCUGGUUCACAAUCGAUGGCCGGCAAAAUUGUCGGUUGGUAUCUGAAUAAUUAUAUGAACAAUUUAUUUGCUGGUGCAUUUGAUAAAGAGCAUGAUGUACAGCCAUUACCAUUGGACAUACCUUAUGCAAGUGAAUCCGAAAUUUCAAAAGCUGUCGAAAUGAUUACCAAAGCUAAAAAACCAUUAAUGAUUCUUGGAUCACAAGCUGUAUCGCCACCAAUUGGUGCCGAUAAAUUGCGACAAGCUGUUGAAGAUCUCGGUAUACCGGUGUAUUUAGGUGGGAUGUCACGAGGUUUAUUAGGACGUAAUUCUCCAAUCAAUAUGCGUCAAGCACGUCGUGAAGCAAUAAAAGAAUGUGAUCUCGUUAUUCUUGGUGGUAGUGUAGCCGAUUUUCGUCUUUCAUAUGGACGAAUAUUUUCACGAAAAUCUAAAAUCAUUUCAAUCAAUCGAAACAAAGAACAAUUGUAUAAAAAUACAAAAAUUUUCUGGAAUCUUGAUCUUCCAAUUCAAGCUGAUGCAGCAAAAUUUUUCGUGGAUGUUGCAAGUAAAUUAAAAGGAUCAUAUAAAGUUGAUAGCAAAUGGAUUGAAACACUUCAAGAACGUGAUCGUAAAAAAGAAGCUAUAGCUUUACAGAUGGCGGCCGAUGUGCCUGAAAAGCAUCUCAAUCCUUUAGAUAUUUUGCAUAAACUUGAAAAUACUUUGGAUGAAAAAACAAUUUUAAUUGCCGAUGGUGGUGAUUUUGUUGGAUCCGCUUCAUAUAUUUUGCGUCCACGUGGUCCAUUGUGUUGGCUAGAUCCUGGAGCAUUCGGCACACUUGGCUGUGGUGGUGGUUUUGCUUUGGGUGCUAAACUUUGUCGCCCAGAUCAUGAUGUUGUAAUUAUUUAUGGUGAUGGUUCGCUUGGAUAUACAUUAAUGGAAUUCGAUACAUUCGUACGACAUAAAAUACCUGUGAUGGCUUUAGUCGGUAAUGAUGCUUGUUGGACUCAAAUUGCACGUGAACAAGUGCCUAUGCUUGGUUCAGAUGUUGCCUGUAAUUUGUCCUAUGCAUCAUAUGAAAAAUGCAUCGAAGGUUUAGGUGCAAAUGGUAUGCUUAUGGAUACUGAUGAACGUACCAAAGUUACCGAACUUUUUGAAGAAGCAAAGAAAUUGAGCCGUACCAAGCCGGUUUUGAUUAAUGCAAAAAUUGCAAAAAGUAAAUUCCGUGAAGGAAGUAUUUCUGUCUAAUCAUUCAUUUAUUCUUUUAUAAAAUGUAUUGUUUUGAAAAU